AUGUUUACAAAAGGAGGAAGAAAGGAGUUAAGAAAGUGGCGGCAAAGGCCAGAGAAGAAGCAAGAGCCGAGAGAGGAGCAGAAGAUAAAACAGAGAUGGAGAGAUUACUUCAACAACCUCCUCACUGUAGAAAGUGAAGGAGACCCGCUUGAAAGGCUGCCACCAGCGGAAGGCCCGGCACAAGAAAUAUCAUUUGAGAAGGUCAGAGACGCCCUAAACAAAAUGAAAAAUGGAAAAAGCAGCCGGGUGUCUGGGCUAACAGUGGACCUUCUGAAACACCUGGGUGAGCAAGGAAUAGAAAGGAUGCAAACCUUACUACAGAAGACCUGGAGUAAAGAAGAAAUGCCAAACGAAUGGGAACAAAACUUGGAGAGUGCAUACGAUAGAAUCCCUAAAGACCUCGGGUAUUGGAGUCUCCGGAAAAGGAACGUUCCAGAAAAGCUAAUCAGAAUGGUAAAAGCAACAUAUAACGAGGCUAGAACUGUAGUGAGCACCAAGUGCGGGAAAAUGGAUGAAUUCCCCGUCGACGUGGGACUACAUCAAGGGUCAAACUUGAGCCCAUUCUUGUUCGUUAUGGUACUGGAUGUCACAGGCGAGGCUUUUAGAGGAGGACUACUGUGGGAACUGUUGUUUGCCGAUGAUUUGGCCUUGAGGGCAGAUAAUGAAGACGAACUAUAA